AUGGCGAUCUUCCUGUGUGCGAUUCUGCUGGGUGUGGCAGCGGCCACACCUCUGAAUAGCGGCGACGAUGAUAAGAUAAUUGGAGGCUACGAGUGCCCAGCCCACUCCCAGCCUUGGCAAGUCUUCCUAACCUACGGGAACGGUUAUCGAUGGUGCGGAGGCUCCCUAAUCAACGACCGCUGGGUCAUCUCCGCGGCCCAUUGCUACAAAGACCCCCGCAUACUCGUCGCGCACCUUGGCGAGCACGACACUUCCCUCGAGGAAGGUACGGAGCAGCGCAUCCAGGUGGAGAAAGCCAUCCGCUACCCUCAGUACAACGCGCGCACCAUCGACCACGAUUUCAUGCUCAUCAAACUGGCCCAGCCGGCCAGUUUCAGCGCCUUUGUGCAACCCAUCGACGUUUCUCAAAGCUGCCCAGUGGCUGGGGACACCUGUCUCGUCUCAGGCUGGGGAAACACUCGGACAAUGGGAGUUAUCUACCCAGACAACCUGCAAUGCUUGAAUGUGCCCAUUCUGUCCACAUCUACCUGCCAGGCUUCCUAUCCAGGCCAAAUCACCUCUAAUAUGUUCUGUGCUGGAUACACUGAGGGAGGCAAAGAUUCCUGCCAGGGAGACUCCGGAGGCCCACUGGUGUGCAACGGGAAAUUGUCAGGUGUGGUGUCCUGGGGAAGGGGCUGUGCCCAGAAAAACUACCCUGGCGUUUAUGCGCCGGUGUGUAACUACAGGGCCUGGGUAGAAGAGGUGAUUGCAAACAACUGAGAAAC